AGCGUGGGAAUCCUGUAAACCACACUAAAAAUACCUUCUGUAUUAUUUUUCUACAUACUUACAUUGUACGCAAUUGUAUGUACGUAAAGAUACGUAGUCGGUACUCCUGAGAGCCGGACAGCUUUUUCCCGCCCAAAAUUGGUCGUGCGCUACGACCACUGCGAGCAGUCAUUUCUUUCGCGAGACUUUAUCAAGCGCACGCGUGGUCGUAAAAUUGCACCGGCGCCAAACGCACGGCUUAUUCGACGUGUUUACGUGACCGAUGAAAAUUACGUUACCGUACUUACAGCGUUAAAAAUAAGAUCGAUUUUUGGAUAUUAUACAAGAAAUUGAUUUUUUGUGCAAAAUGGAGCUUUGGAUGAUUAUAUUGUGCGUUAUUCCGACAGUUACAUCGAUUACAGUGUCAUCUAAUGGCAAUAGUCCCGAAAUUAAAAUGAUCGGGGGAAUGAUGGUAGAUGUUCAAAAAGGAUUUACUCCCAUUGUGCCGAAAAUAGAAGGCAAUACAAAAGUGAAUUUGAGAAAAAAGAAACUAAACAGUAACUCCACCAAGUUAUCUAUUAACGAAAGAUAUAGAAGGUUAAUACCUUACAUGACGUUUUACUACGCCAAUGAUAUGGUAUCAUCGACCACCGAAAGCGCUAAAAAUGUAGAAGUUGAAAAGGCAGAAAUCAUUGAAGCAAAAACUAUACAGCACCAAUCAGAAGAACGCCAGCCUAAGAAGAUAUUCUACAAUUCUAAUAGAAAUAUACCACUUUACCAGGGAAAUAGACUGACGCAAUACAAUAUCGCAUCCGCAAAUCCUACAAAGUAUUUUUAUAAAGGUAUUGCGCCAACGCCGCAAACAUAUAAGAGCCCCAAUUACAGCCCUUUGUUAACAGAUCUUCGAGGGUUGCCAAAUAACGAUUUCGAAUAUGAAAGGAUAGUCCAUAAACCAAUACUUAAGGCGCCAAGCGUACCAUUUUCACCACCAACAAGAAAACCGUAUUUAAAUCUUUAUCAAAACGAAGACUCGGGGACUAUUCAAUAUUACAUUCCCGAAAAAGAUAAUACGCCAAAGUAUAAGUUGGUGCCAUAUCAACAAACGCCUCCUGUGAAAGUCACACUCCAAGCAGAAAAUAUUUAUCAUGUGGCCAAGCCUCCUCCAUCAGUUCCUGUCCAAAUACCAAAGGAACAAAUCUUCAUAAAGCCAAGACCUGCCCGACCUAUUUAUUUUUAUGAUAAUAUUAAUGUUCCUCAGGCACCAGCUGGCAGAAAGCAACCCUCGAUUGUAUCAGAAAGUUACUACGAGAAGCAGCGUCCACACAACUCAAUAGUUCAACCAGUUAUUGAGAGCGGAUUCAGGCCAAUUGUCAGGAUGCCUAUUCACCCCACCGAAUCCUCACUUUACGAAUCGUCUUUGUCGGUUACAGCAAUACCCCAAUUUGAGUCUGAAAAGCAACAGAAAGUUGCUGUACUUGGGAACCCCACAGACAGACCUGAAGAAGGAGUCUUGAAUCCGAAUUAUUUUGAGUACCUUGCUGAUCAACCUACUCACAAACCCCCAUAUGCGCAAUCAAACACUGUCACUCUAGCAGAUCUACUAAAUUCAUUACAAAUAAAUAAAUCCAUUCCAAAACCGAUAACUAGAGAGAAUGUGGGAGCGUCUAUAAGGACAUUAUUGCAAGUUUUAAAUACUUUGAAAGCAUUGCCUCAAGAAGGCGAAGAAGAAACCCCAGUAUUGAGUACACCUAAACCGUUCAUAGGGAGUAAAGCGGCAGAAGUAACAACAAAACCGGAAGUUUCGACUCCAAUAUCAGUUGUAACUGAGGAUCCAUAUUUUCACGAUGAACCAUAUCUUGCUCCAGUAAAUACUCCUUCACAACAUAUUGAUGAUUUCCCAACAAGUAUAACUUCCAGUCAGCGUUUCCCAUUGCCAAUAACAUCUGAUGAUGAAGGCGGUACACCAGGGCAACCAGGCGUCGACUAUCCCAUCCUCACCACUAUCCCACAGACGGCUUUCAACUGUAAAACUCAACGUUAUAAAGGAUUCUUUGCUGAUCCGGAAACCAGAUGUCAGGUGUGGCACUACUGCGAUCUGAACGGCGGCCAGGCGUCGUUCCUAUGCCCCAACGGCACCAUCUUCUCGCAGGCAGGACUUACGUGCGACUGGUGGUUUAACGUGCGCUGCGCGUCAACUGCACAGCUGUACGUUCUCAACGAGAGCCUCUACAAGUACAUAUUGCCCCACUCGCCCAAGUUCCCAGAAGACUACAGUGGACCGUUGGUAGACAAAUAUCUCACGCUGAAGUUCAAAGAAAUGGAAGAACAAUUUAAGAAAAACAAAAACAAGCAAAGUGCUUCCGAAAAGAUGGAUUCAGACGAAACGGAGAGUUCCACUGAAGAUUCGAGUGAAGUAGAAACGUCGAGCGAGCAGGCGCCGGUGGAUAAGAAUGCAGUCAGCGAAGCGAGCGUUAUAGUUGGAACACCCGGGACCAGCGGCAAUGUAGAAAGAUUGCAGGAUUAGAAUAUAAGUAGACAGGGGCGCUUUAAAUUUUUAAGUUCAAGCAAGUUUUCACGCGGUGUAGUAGUUGGAUUGUGGCGAGGGUUGCAAUAUUGUUGCAGACCGUUUCUCCUAAAUGAGGGCCAGUGAGCACCGCCACCGCCGCCGCAGUGCGAAUGUCGUAAUUCGCAACAGUUAAUAUAGCCAUGGACCAAUAAGACUAUGAUUAGUGCGUUUCCAUAUAAAUGAAGCCGCAAGCUCAUCAGCUUGGAGGUUCUCUUAUCUUCUUGAUUAGAUGUAGCUUGACCUAUACCAUGUUAAGAGAACUUUCACACUUUCACCUGUUCUUUUAUUGUUUGUAUUGAGAAAACAUUCAGAACCGGUACCCACCAUAUCUAUCGCACCACUGCUAUAAAACUGGUAAUUUUUUUAAGUUUUAGUGGUAUAAAGCUAGAGUAUUCAACGUGUUAAGUGAGUCUUAAAAUUGACCGCAAAUAUAUCGCAAUAGGAACAACAGUUGCUCUUUAGUGUUUGGUUGGUCAAGUUAGUAAAAAAUCGGACUCGCAUACACGUGCAUAUUUCAGCGCGUUCGCUCGAACCGGUAGUGUUCUCCAGCGGCUCACGAUUAUACGAGCUUACAAGCGCGUCAACGCUCGUACCAGUUGCGCGUGUGGCAAAAGUUGCGCCUAUCCGCGCUUCCAAAAUAGAACUUAUACGCGCGUAUAAAACGCUGGUCUGAAACCAUCCUCAUAGUGCGCUCCUUUUUUCAUUACAUGAGUAGAGUGCAGGCAGAGAUUUGUAUAAACUAAUAAAUUCAGACGUGAAUUCGCGAUUGUACGUACGCAAAUCUGCCAUUUUGGAGUGACGAUGACGAACGACCUCAUGAAACGACGAGCGAGCCUCGACACAAAGUACACUCGACUGUGGCUUGAACACUGAACGCCCAACCACACGCACAGACAAGUACACGCAGGCCGGGCUUGCGCAGGCAAAAUUUCAAGUAAGUCGAAAAAUGCGCAGGCCGCGCUGUGGGGUUGGCGCGUGAUACAGUUUUACCAACUACACGCACCGUGUUCCGUGUACAAACCGGCCUGCGCAGGCAAAACUGUGGUGAAGCUCGUGCGUGUGGUAGGCCCAUAAUAGAAAUCUACGUAAAAACAUUAUCGUUUAUAUUGCUAGUUGACAAAAAUAUCCCACUCGUUGCCAGUGUUAAAGAAUUUGAUAAGUUUGUUCUAUUUAAAAAUCUAGCAGUUACAAAACAACUCUGUCCUAUAUGUGUACUGAAAUGAAAGUGGUACUUAGAUUAUUGUUAAGACUGGUGACGAUUCUGUAAAUCUUAUCCUAAAUUAGACAACAGUGUAUCCUUGUCAUUUUUUAUUCAGAAUGAAAAGGAGAGACUGACGUUAAAUUUAGUUUUAACUCUAGAGAAUCAAGUCAGAAUCAACACUAUUGUUUUGAUAAAGCGUCUGCGCUUAUGUAUUGUAUGUACCUUUAAGUACAUUGUAAUUUAGAAACUGCUUUUGCGAAUGUAUGAUUUUGAUUAAAUAAGUAAGGAAUUAAACUUGCCAUAUGUUGCCAUGUUUAAUUCAAUAAUUACGUAUGUUUUGGAACAUAAUUUAGAUACUGAAUUAAUUUAUAAUAGAAUUUAUGAUAUGAUACAAUACUCAUAGUGAUAUUCGUGCAAUGUGUAAAUAUAGUUACUCUCUCUGCCAUUAAAAUUAUGAAAUUAAGGAAUGUGCAAUAAAUUAUUCCAUUUAAUGUGUUGCAUUGUUUUAUUUAGCGAAUAUCAUGUGGCCAUAAAAGAAACACUUAUAUCCAUUGAUUAACCUUAAGUAUUGAAUUAUAUACAGUAUGAAAAACAUCUCGUUUCCUACAUGAACGUUUUGGUUUGAAAUAUAAGUAUGUAUUAGUAUUAGACUUUCAAAUGUCAUUUAUACAGUUACAGAAUUUAUCUCAUACCAUAAAAAUGAAUGUUAAAUAAAAGAAACACACGUAUUUUAUUAUAAAUAUAUGUAAGUAUAGAAAUAAAUAAACGGAUAAAACUAUCUGACUAAAGAUCUACGGGUAGUUGUGGUUACAGUGUGUGGUAACAGUUAACGGUCCAAUAUCGUUUGUCGCACAUUCUGAGAUUGGGACUCAUAAACACCAAUAAUUUAACUACACAAAUAUUAUCAAUUGUUGACAUCAAUAAUAUUCAUACUUACUUAUUUAUAGUAUACAUGACUGAGAUUUGGAUGUUUUGUAAGAUUUAUCAUAAACUAUUUGAAUGGAUAAGCAAUUUCAAAAUUAUUAUACAAACUUGAACCAUUAAGCUAAAAUGGUACCUAAAUUACUUGGUACAAUGCAAUUUUGCAGAUAAUACUUAUACAAAAAUAUAAUUUUGGGAUGAAGAGAUUCUUAGAUUUAGAUAAAUUUUACUUUAAAAGUACGUGUUAAUGGUUUGUGAACACGCCGUUGUUUCCACGAUUACACCUAUCUAUUUUUAUUUACAAAUAUUUACAGUCAGACACGUCUGCUUUAAUUAUCGUCGAUCACAAGUUGUUGCCAUUUCAGUCUUAAGAUCACAUUCCUUUAAUUAAAUAGUGAUAAAUAUAUUAACACUGUUCAUACUUACAGUCGCAAGCGUAUACCGUAUAAUACAGCAAUUAUAAUAGUACUUUUACAGGCAUUUUAUUAAUUAUUUUGCCGAUAGCAUUAAACAUUCUUUAAUAGUUUAUUCAAAACUGAAUCGAUUCAAAAUCGUCCAAAGGGAAAAAUCCGAUAAAAUAACUUGCAAAUCAACGACUGAAACACAAUUCGAAAAUAUAGCUUAUCUUAAAGUAAAAGUUUGAAGCUUAUAUUUACUACGAGCGAAUUUCCAAUGAGUAUAAUAGCCUACGAGUUCUUCUAAAUUACCCUGUUAGUCGAAACAGCAACGUUCAAUCACCAUAAUUUUUAUAUACUCACCAACGUGGAACUAUAAACAAAGGCACAAAAACGUGCGAAUAAAACGUAUACGUAAUACGACAUCAAAAAUGCAAUUUUGUAGUGUGUGGUUUAACGACAGAGCCGAGUCGCGUGGGCAGGGGUCGGGCGGCGUCGGAAGUCGUCGGGCGGUGUCAGGCGGCGUUCGGCCGCCUAGUGUUUGAGCAGAAGGGCCGCGUGCUUGAGCCGCAGAUGGGAGCGCAGCGUGUCGAUGCGGCUGUAGGUGGCGGGGCAGUAGGGGCACAGCGAGCGCUGCGCCGUGUGCGAGUGGAAAUGGUGCCAGCGGUUGGACACCUCCUUGCCGCACGACUUGCAGCGCCACAGCGCCGCGCUCUCCGCCGCCGCCACGAACAUGCUGUGGUACGAAUACUGCGCGCCCACUCCCACGGGCGCCGCCCUGCGCUCUGCAACCAACCGACACGGCCCACCUGCCUUCAAUCGCCACGCGACAAUGACCCUUCCCACUUUCACAGUAAAGUCGGGAUUUGAAUCCGAUGCUGAGUCGUAUGCGUUCUAGGAAUGGAGGUGAACGACUGGAGCUCCUGCCGUGCGACAUGAUCAUAUAUAUAAUUAUAUAGUAUGCGACAUUGUGAGGUGCGGGGCGUGUGACGCGCACAACUGAAACUACACAGAUUUGUAACAUACCACAAUUUAAUGUAAAAAUUAGUAAUAAAUACAACAGAUAAAUGCAGGAGUUUGCAACAUGUUAAAAUUGCAUUACAUAACAUCAAACAAUGUGAAAAAUAAAAUUGCAUCAACUGCUUGCAUAAAACAAAAUUAUUUAAAUUAAACUUUAAAACGGAGGCAUCAAACCAAGAUAAACAAAUAUUCAUAAACAACAUAUCGUUCAUAAAAUUUCAUGUAUAAUAAGUAUAACAAGACUAAUAAGUCGGCUGUUAGGUAUACGAUUUGACACCCCCUUCCUAUUAGUAUUACACUAUUGUGAUAUACGACACUAUAACAAAUUUGCUAAUGUUAUAAAGAUGAAACAAAAUAAACAUAACUAUUAGACCAUUGCUAUCCUGAAUAUAACCAUAUAGCUAAUCCUGCACUCCAUUGAUUCGAAUUGAUAAGAUCACAUCUUUUGUGAUACCCUUGUAAAUUUUAAUAUACAAUAAAUUGGAAUAUUCAUUAGAUUGGCCAAAUAAGUGACUAGGUCCGCAAGACCCCAAUUUCAUAAGACUAAAUUUAGUAAUUCGUUAACCUUAUGUAUAAAUUCCAUAUGGCAUAAAGUUAGCUUUCAUUAAGUCCAAUUACGUGGUCACCAUACAAUUAUUAAGUUGCACACUUUCUGAAAGCCGAAAAGAGAUCAAAGGAAGAUAUUUUCUGAGCCAAACGAUGUGAUACUCCAAAAUAUUCUGGCCAGACACUAUCAAGUAUCCUAACCUAAAAUAUCUAAAAUAAUAUUCUAUGUUUACUAAACAAUUGAUUUGCUAUAGCAAAUUCCAUAAUUUAAAAUUGGUCUCGAGUGAUUGUAAUAUAAAAAUGAAUUCACACAGUUAUGAAUUAAGCGUUCGACAGCGGCAGACGAGCGACUGAUCUAUUCACACUGGACGUGGGCAAUGGAACCCUCACUGGAUAGCUAUGAUCUAUUCCAACAAUAGACUUCAACUUGCGCGACAAUAAAUUAUUAAAUAGUACAUAACUAUUACGAUUGGCAGAGGUAAACAAGCUAAUCUUAAUAUUACCAGCUAUAUAACCUGUACAUCGCCGUAACCCAAACUGUUUCACUAGGUAGAAAUAGAAAUUAGGAGUUCACUUAUGUAAAUACAAAUAGGUAGUUACUCUCAUCAAAGACAUAAUAAUAUACUUUCUUUUAAAAUAUCCUUUAGUUUGGUUACGUAAUUAAAUAACUAGUAAUAUUGCACUGAGUAUGAAAUGCUAUCAAAUAAUAAGUGCCCACGUUACAAUGAACAAUAUAAAAAUCUUUGACAUUCUUAAAAUAAAUAUAAAAUCUUUGUGGAAUUAGUAUAAUUAUCAUUAUUAUAAUAAUUAUUAGGUGAUUUUAAAAAUGUUUAAAAUUUACAGAGAUGCUGAGCUUAGUGCUUACAUUAUCGAGUGGGCCCCUAUAUUCAAUAGACAAUUGUAAAAUCUAUCUAUGAGUUAUGACUAUUUCAAAAAAUUGCACAUGUGAAAUUGCAUGUUCACAGCUACUUAACAGCACUAACGCCAUUACAUAGUUAUGGGACGAUCGCGGUAUUUGCUAUUAGGAUGCGUUUGUUUCUAAAACACCAUACACGAAUCUUUUAUAUUUGGUAGACAAUGAUCGGCUUUAUUAAAACAUUCUUAUCGUCCUAUAAGUUUUCCUUUUUUUUAAUAUUAUUUACGUUAUUAGUAAAUUUUGAAGAUCUCCGAAGAAAAACAUAAUAAUAAUUAAGAUAAAAUCUCGAGUGAUACUGUAAUCUCUAGGCGUUUAACGACCCUUGCGUUAUGCUACCCGUUGACCAGACAGAUGCGACCUUAACUGGAUGCUAGAUGCCUUACAUUUAUAAUGCAACAUAACUAAUCAUUAAAACAUUAAUCAUAUUAUAAUAGGAGUCGAAUCGUAGCGUGUUAACACUCUUGGUUCUAGCACCAUUCCAUUUUAUCACAUUUCAGUUACCGUACCACUCUAAAGUGUUUAGCUAAAAAUGUAACAAUCUUAAAUAUUAAUUGAAAAAUACAUACAUAAACGCUAGGUUAGUCCCAAUCGUAGAAUGCAAAUAUUAGUUACUAAAUGCGCAACCUCGAAACAUCGUUCCAUCCUAUCUUAUAGUAAUUGAAAGAGGUCUUUGACCCCAAAGCACCGAUCACACGACGAGGGCGGACGCGCGCCCUAACACAAAUAAACAACGAUAAAAUAAUAAAACAUGUUAACAGUUCAAUGUCCAUUACUAUAAAGGUACGCUUCACUUUUCAUGAAAGCCACCAAUGAUACUACAAUUAUGAUGAAUCAAUAAAAACAAACAACACUAAUAAAAUCAAAAUAUUAUAAGUAUAUAAAUAUAUUAAAAGUAUAUUAAAUCAGACAAUAGAAUAUAUCUAAGUAUAAAAAAAACAAUCUCCGUAAAUAGAUCCACUACUCUAGUAUAAAAAUCUUUUCGUAUGUUUCCUUAGGCGCUACCCUUUUAUUACAUCACAAAUCCUUAAUAAAAUUAUCCAUCGUGCAAAGGCCUCAUGGAGUUACAAAUGCAUCUACUGUGAGAUUCAGUCAAUAUUUAUAUGUCGUUGACCAACGACAGAUCACAAUCUCUAGCCAGUCCUCAAAUUCAUUCCUGAUGUAGUUCUGCUUCACCCGUACGAUGUACAUAAUAACAUAAAUAUAAUUAGCUACAGGAAACUUAUAAUUUCCUAUCUAAUGAAUAAAUAUAACAAGAAAAUGUGGGCCCGUAUCGGAAGCCACCGUUAUAAACAGCAUCACUUCGCGGUCGCACCGCUACUCAAAUAUAAUGUAUAUCAUUUAAAUAGCUUAAGAUUCCUAUCGAUAUAAUAUAAAAAAUAAUAUGGUAAUAAAAUUAACAUCAUAUUAUUGCUUUUGCCCGUUCCCGUAUAGCGAUUGGUAUAGAAAAAAUUUGCUUACCUACUCUCUUAAACGCUUUCGAGUCAUCACACACAACAUCGACAAUAACAGUUCCUGACGCGAGACCGGUCACACUGGGGCAAGUCAACAACGCACAACCGAGACAAUACUAAACGAGUCGCCCGCGAGGCGAGCUACUUAAAGAUAGGCCCGUUAAGUAAUAGCACUUCAGCUUAAUCCUAAAUAGGAAGCGGUUUCGACGCGAGACGGUCCGUUGCGAAACAUUUGACACAUGAACAUGGGGAGUGAGUGAGUGUUCGCUGGCGUCGGGCGCGGAUCGCUCACAGAGCGUCGAGGCCGAGCCAGUACAUGGACAAUCAGUCGAAGCCCGCGUCCAGGUGGUUGGCGAAGAGCGGCGCGUGCGGCGGCGCCGGCGCCGGCGGCGGGGGCGGCUCGAACUUGCGCGUGUCCGGAUUGUACGCGGGGUGUUUGAACUUGCAGUGCGUGCGCAGGUUGUCCGAGCGCGUGUACGUGGCGCGGCACAGGGGGCACUCGAACCGCCCAGGGAAAUGCACGUGAUAGUGGUUCCGGAUGUGUGUCACCACCUUGCCGCACAGCUUGCAGCGGUGCAGGUUGAGCGCGCCCGCCACGCGCUCGAACGUCAGCCGCAUGUGCCAGCCCUUCGAGCCUGCAACCAGCCAGCGGUCACUCGCGCGCCACACACCCUCUACCCGACCCCACUAUCCACUAUCACCCCCCCACCCCCUACCCUCCAACCGAGACGCACUCACUCAAUGCCACAGCGCCAACCUACUAAUCACUGCAUAGAGUGCGAUUCAAAUUUAAUGACGUCUGUGAAGUCGGCGCAAGUCGCAGCCACCGAGCACCCCCACUAGAGACCGCAUACAAAGGCACCAACUUGUGCCAAGUGCAUUUAGUGUUACUGAAUAAGCGUGUAAUGAGCCCCCAAACGUAGCGUUACAAGUUUGCACCUAAUUUGUAAUCUGACCGUGACGUCAUACAGACGUGGCCAAUCAAAACGGGGCUUAACCCUCCCGCACACUACCGACUUGGCGAUUUCGACUUUAAUUAAAAAAUGGUAGUGCAGACUCUAGUGUUGGUGCUUUGUAGUCGCAGCGCAGUAAAACGAAACGUAAGAUGAUAAAGACACACUCGGCGUGUCACUGAACUGAACUGCGCGUAGUUUCACUCGCUGUUAACUUCACAACCGACAUAAAGUUUGAAUCGCACUAUACAACUCUACUAGCGCUACCGGCGGCUAUGUCGUCUAUCAACGACCGGAGGUGGACACGGUUUUGCGUAGUGUUGAUGCAGUAAUUCCAUCAGGAGUUACGCGAUAUCAAAUACUUUUUUAUAUUCAGAGCACGGUUCUGAGAUAACUUUGUUACUACUCCGUUGGUUCUGCAGCAUUUGUUAUGAAGUGCGAGAUCGAAAGGAAUAUAAUUAUAAAUGUUCUGGCUAAAGAAUGUGGAUACAACUAUUUUAUAAAUUAUUUAGCAAACAAGGCUGGACUCAGACAAUAUUCAGUUUAGCACUAUUCAAAGCGUUCAUAUUAUUAACGCUGUACUAUUAUGCCUCUCCUAGUACUAUUAGAUAAAGCAUUAUAAAUCAAUAUACAAAAGUUUAUAUAGAAACACAAAUUCGAAAAAUAUUAUUAAAAAUCAAAAUAUUUAUGGUAGAUCCAUGCAGAAAUGAAUCGAUGAUACUUUGAAGAAAUGGUGUUGUUAUUUUUGAGUGUUAUAUUCGCAUGACUUUCGUUAAAUACUGUCACCAAGCCUGCAUAGAGAAGGCGAAUCGUAAAGACGAGGUCUGCUAUACAUAAAGAGAAAAGCAUGGAAAGAAGGAUGAAAAUGAAAAGAUAAGUGGUAUAAAUAAAGGAAUAUAUUUGCAACAAACACACAGUAACGAUAAAUUUACAAUAAAAAUAAUCGUAAUGUUAAAGAAGAAGUAAAUGAGAAAUAAAUUAAAAUUAUGUUCCUUAAUUACAAAAGCGAAAUCAGUCUUGACGCUAGUCUGCAACUAGUAUCAUUUAUAUAUCUACAAGGAACAACAAGAGAUCAUAGAUUAGGCUUUUAUAACAACAUGUUAGUCGGCUUAUCAACAUACUGUCGACUAAUCAGCGUCUAUACAUAAAAUUUUCACGAUUCUAACUAUAAUAAUUCAAAUAGAGUGAAGCUUUAAAAUAUAACAUGGUUUGUAUUAUAUUCAAUAACACUAUCUCUUAGUUAAUUGAUAUUUGAAUAAUUUGAGAUUGAUUGAUGCUUAGAGUAAAAACCUACACAAGGAGAAUAUUAAUGAUGGUACAAUAUAUUUUAUAUUUGAUCCAACUUUUACCAUAAAGAGUUAAGUAUUUUCAUAGCCUUUUAAAAGUACAGAGUACUAUUAAAGGCCUCUCUUAGUACUUAUUUUAAAAUCGAUAUUAAGUUUGUAGCCGCGAAUGAGUUUGCAGAAGUAACAAUUGUAUGAAACUGUAAUUUAACAAAACAAGUGAUAUGAAGAACUGCAAAUAUACUAACUACUCAAGAUCGGUUGUUUGUUUCAUAAUAUUCCGUUGCUAGACAGGAAAAAAGGUCAGUUAAUUUGAUAUAAUAGCAUUUAUGAAAGUUUUUUUAUGUAUAUACCCAUUCUUUUUUUAAAAAAUAAAACUGUUCUUAUUUGGUGAUGUGAAUAAGACGCUGAUUAAUCGAUUUAAUUUAUUUACUUAGCUAAUACGAAUACCACUUCGUCGGAAGAUAGGUACAUUUUUAAUAAAUUUUUAGAAUAGGGUAGUAGCCUAAGUUUAAAUUUGCAUUUAAAUUUUUAUGCAACAGAAUUUUACAUGGAUAUCUAUCUGUCUCUGAAAUUUAUUAAAAUUUGUAAUAAAAUAAAAAGAAGCAUUUUUAAAUUGAUAAAUUUAAAUAUGAAAUGGAGGGGGAGUGUGGCGGGAGCAGUUUGCUAUCUUCCUCCCACUCGUGGGUGCUUAUGGCGACUACGUCACGGCCCCCUAGUAUGGCCCUGCUUAUUUUUUGUCGUUAACCUUUUAUAAUUCUAUUUGUGAAGACUAAACUUUUUUUAUAAAAUAUUUUAAUCGUAGAAUUAAGAUCUUGUAACCAAUAAAAGUGAUAAAAAACAAGUCUACUACCCUACUGUAUCAAUAGCAUAAUAGUGCCUAGAUUUACCAUAACUAUAGGAAGUAAAUACAUAAUUAACAGUUUCAGGUAAAAUUGUGUUGAUAUGAAAGCGAAUAUCUAAUCUCAGUGAACUCAUCAAAAAAACCGAUCGUUUGGCAAACAUCUAUAUUAAAUACUGUUAGAUCACUCGCUUUCAUAAUAUUUGAGUAUUCCAUUAACACUACUUUGUUAUUAAAUAAUCAAAACUAAAUCACACCACACCUUAAAUUCUAGUUACAAAAUUACUUGUUAGAACCAAUGAAUAAGCGCACUUCGUUAGAUUGCAAUAUAGUAUAAGGAGUUAAUAUGUUACAAGUUGUUUGGCGUUAUUGUUAACAAGCUUAAUUAGAUUACACACAUUUCAAGUUAGUUACGACUUUUGUCAUCUAAAAUUAUGAACGCGGCUAUCAAUUCAUAGUCUGAUUUACUUAAGUUACACGAACAAUUUUGUCUUUGAAGCCAAUAAAAUAGCUAACGGUUCUUAUUCCCUAUUUAACUAUAGUAUUUGCUAACACUGUGUUUGAAUAUUUGAUAAAUUGUUAGAUUUUAAAACUGAACAGUGUUUCAUACGGAGGUGCCUUUUAAGAUUGUCGGCGCGAGUCAGAAUAAUAGGACACAAUGGACAUUUAUGCUGCUCUGGAUUGUGCGAUUUCAUAUGUUUUUUUAGAUUAUUAACUAAUUUGCCACAGACAUGGCAAGACUCGGGUAUAGUGUAUGGUUUUUGAUUCAGAGCCAUUUUAAACGAUUGAACUAUGUUAUCGAUAUUCAAUACUUUAUUUUUCAAGGGGCCUUGGGGUACGCAAUUUUCAUCAACGCCGUUAUUGUCACCUGAAAGACAUGUAACUUCGUAAUUGAUGCCACAGUAUUGAUCUGGCAUGCUUUCUCUGUUAACUGUACUUUCAAACGGAUGCAGAACACAAAAAACCUUAAAACCUCUAUCACGAACCCUAAUAACGUAAACCCACACCUUCCAGUACAUGCAAAUUUCACUUUGUAAUGUUCAUUAAAAUAACACACACUGGAAUCUGAAAGAUUUAUAUUUCUUAAGCUUUUUAGAAUUUUUUAAAGUUAAAGAAAUAAUAUAUCAUAAGGUCGCUCUGGGGGCGCCAAAUCAUCGUUUGAGCUAGAUUACACCAAUUUCUUCAUAAACUAUUAAAAUCAAACAUAAGACAUUUAGAAGCGUUGUGGGGCAUGUAAAAUGCUAAUAUUAACGUGAAAUAAAAAGCAAUGUUAAUAGCAUGCUGCAGGGUGCUAUACAUGCAGUAUGGUGUAAUGAAAAUGAAGAAUGCUCUGUAACACAAAUAACUGAACAAUUAACAAUUUGCUACAAUAAAGCCCAAUAAUAUAUCAAAACAUGUGAUGUUAGUGAACAUUCUUCACAACAAUUUUUGAAGACUACAUGAAAAGAAAAUGGGCGUAGAAAAUCACUUAUUUUGUAAUUUUAUAGCAUGAAUUUCUUUAAUAAAUCAGUCCCAUUUUCUUCUAAAUUAUGCCACUCCAAUAGUUUAAUCAGUGUGGAGAUUGUAAGUAGCUAGUUAAUUGGUAGAGACACCACGAAAUGUAUAAAUUUUCACAACUGUGGACUUUGAUUUGAUAUUAUAAAUAGUUUUAAAAAAAUCUUUGAAUGCAUUUACGUAUUAUACAAGUAGACUCCCAAUCGCCUAACAAAAGUGCAUCAAAAAAGUCCGACCCGGUUUGUGUUAUACACAUACAUCAACGUAUACAGAUAGCAUUAACACAUUUGUUUAAAUUGAUGCGUUAUGUUUCGUGGCAGUAAGAUUCAACGUCAAUUAAUCAAUUGCAUACGAGAGAGAAAGAGAGUUUGAUGACCAUAGAGGUAUAAGAAUAGAGUAGGGGAGAUAUAGACUCCACUACAAGUGGAAGUGUCCUCUAAUAGAAAGAGAAAGAAGAUGAGAGACCGCUAGCUCUCUCUCUCUCUAAUCGCGCAUGCGCAUUGGCAACCGUAAGCAUCUUACAUGGUGACAUCUAACAUAUUUCGAUGUGAUGCCAUUGGAUGCCAUGCACCACAAGAGAGAGAUCGCUAGCGGUCUCCCAUCUUAUUUCUCUUUCUACUAGAUGGACACUUUUAAAACCGCCUUCCACACUCUAUUCUUAUACUUCUAUGUUGAUGACCAGAGGCGGCGUAAGGCGUGGGCGACGUGGGCCACCGCCUACAAGGGUACAAGGGUACGCGGUACAAGGGGCCUCGCGCCUCAAAAAUUAUUAUGCAUUGCUUAAAAGCGAAUUUCUUUUUUUUUUAUUAUUUUAUAAAAUCCGUCUUCAUGCCGCCAUAGAACAGGGCCUCACAAAAUCUGUCUUGUCCACAUCAAAUUUAGAUCUUGCCCCGCCACUGUUGAUGACGGUGCGAAAGAGACAUACACGAACUCGGAACGCGGGGGACGCAAACGGGGAAUUAUAUUUUCCCACUAAAACGCCAAGAUAGUUGCGUAAUUUUAUUACUUAAUGCGUAAUUCUAUUAAAGGGGCACUUAGCUGAAAUACGAUACUCCACGUUUCUUAUGUGUGAGCACAGUUUUUAACCAAACACGAUUGCGUGGUGAUGCAAUUAAAGCGCGGUAGAAACAACACUGUUUGAAAAUUACGAUCAAUAGAUGCGCGUGCGCGUAAUUUUGCUUUCUACACUUUUUGAGCGCGAUUGUGAGUCUACUUGUUUUUAUUCGGUAAUGUGUUUAUCAGAUUUUUUUGUGAUAUAUUUAAAUAAAGUUCACAGUUUCUAAAGGAUCAAAGCAGUCACUCACCAUCGAUGGUGUCUGUCUGGUCUGGGUGUGGUUGUAGCAUUGGUUCAUUCUCGUUGCACUCGUUGCUGAGGUUACUCUGAGUCAACAUCGAUGCCAUAUCUGCCACCCCCAUACCCUGGAAGUUAUGAAGAAUUAAAAUGUACAAUACAACUACUAUUAAUAAACGAAAAAUAAGCUUGGAUUAGUUACUCCAUGUUUUGCUUCUGUUCAUUGAAUGACAAAUGGCAUCUGAGUGAUAAGAUGUCUUGGGCAAUGAUAUUAAAUACCCUCGAUAGAACAACACAUACACAAUCGUGGUCGAAACCUGUCCAAAAGGUACUUUGGACGAUUCCGAUGUUUUCGGCCACGAUUUUGUUCUCCACGGAGCUCCGUAAGGUGAUCGCGUUGUCAAAAACAAUAUAAGACAUAAUUUAAACAUUGAAAGUCGCCUUUAAUACAUACUGUGUAGGGUCUUAAUUAAAACGCAUGCGUCAAGUAAUGAUUGUUCGAAAUGCAACCUCGUAAUUUUUUACGACUUAUUGCUAUAUGCGGAAGAAUAAAGACCUUAUUUAUUUACUCUACGUGCAAUUUUGAAUGCGCUGUUAACAAUAUAGCAGGUACGGAUCGCGAGGAAAAGAGACGGCUAUAUAACCCGCAUGCAUUUAAAUAUUACAAAUAUUUUUUAUUAAAUAAGUUUAUAGUAACUAUUUUGACUAGAUACCUGUCGAAAAAACGAUACUUCCUAUAAGUAUUUAUUUGUAUUUUUUCACGGAGCUCUGGGGCAUCUCGACUUUACAACGAUUCGCGUGUGACUGUGAACCAAGAACUAUUUGAGUGCAGUUCAAGCACUUCUUGAUUGGGAUACAUUUUGUGCGUACGUGGUAUAUCUAGGGUGCGUGCCGCGACCUGUAUCUUGAGAAUCGGCUGAAGUAGCUAACCAUCUAAAUUACACAUGUCUGGCAGAUAAAGGUGCAUAAUUAUAAUAUUUAUAUAGUUCGUCUCGUCUAAGUGCGACAACGGUUGCAAAUCGGGUUUUGAAUUUUACGGAAGCGGCUACGCGCAUUGGGCAAGCUGCGUAUCUGUUAUUAUGACAGCAGUGCGACCAACGCUGUUGUGGGUCUGGUCGAAGUGUGUUCGAGCAGUGGCGGCGUCAAACCGCCAGGCUUAAGUUCUCCUACGUACGCAUGCGCGAGCAGUCUGCGUAUCUAAUAUUAUCACCGUACGAGUCCGGCUCCUGCUUCACGUGUGGUGUGUUUCAUCCUUAUCUCACACCUGCGUGACGAAGCGUCGGGUGGCUCUGGUACUUAUAACCGCUAAAAUUAGCGUUCGAAUUAGGUGCGCUCCUUCAGCUGCAUAUUCAAUUUUUUAAGUUUUCCACAACCUCUUUGUGCGUGUCAGUAACCAGUCAAGCUCAAAAGAUAAGUUAAAUUUUUUUUAUUAAGUACUAAAGGCUCCCGAAGCUUCGUUGAGCAGGUGCGGGACAAGCAACAGUGACCGUGAGGUGCGUCUGGUCGAAGUGUGGCGGCGGCGCGUACGCGCCCAGCUCCUACUUUACGUGCGGCGUGCGAGUGUGCGUGUAAUUGUGUAUGUGAGGGGGGAGAGGGGGGUGGCGACGACACUAACCGUGAGGUGAGUCUGGUCAAAGUGGGGUGGCGGAUGGUGCGGCGGCGGCGGGGGCGGGUGCGCGAGCGGCGGCGGGGGCGGCGCGUACGCGUCCGGUUCCUGCUUUACGUGCGGCGUGUGCGCGGGCGAGCGCGGCGUGAGGCGCUGCGGAGUGUGCGCCGGAGGCGGCGUCGACGGCUCCGACCCGGACCCCGUUGACCCGCCCUUCACUGACUUUAGGUGACCCUGUUGCGUACCAAUUAUUUAUCACCAUAACUAUAACACAAUAUUAAAUACGAGUUGAAUCAACUACAUCUUUAUAAGUAUUUAUUUAGCCCGCCUUAAGAUUUAAGAAUAAUAAUUACCAAUUAUUUUAAAAUACAUAUUAGUCAUAAACAAUGAAAUUUCUAAAAUAGAUCUCAUCACUCAAAAAAGAGCAAGUUUGUAAACAAUAUCUUAAAAAACAAAUUAAUGAAUGUGCAAUUACAAUGCAGAAUAAAACUUUAUAUAAGUUGUUAAUCUUACAUCCUACUGACCUAAAAAUGUAACACAACAAAUAUAGUUUUUUAACCACAUACUUAAAACAACUUCUGUAGAUGUUAUCUUGUGUAAUAACCAUCUAAUUUUGGCGGUAUACAUUAUUUAUUACACAGAAUAAAAUAAAGCCAUCAAAUGUUAAGUCUGGGCAAGGAGGAGAUUUUUCUGCGCCUCUUGUCCGGUGGCAAACUAUGCCCAGUGUGAUGCGCGCGAGCAUUGCGCAGUGCGACACAUCAAAUAGAACCUAGCUUACCUCAUAAUGCCUGUAGGUUAAGU